AUGGACGGGAGUCUGUUUGUGCUGCUUCUGCUGUCAGGGAUCUUAUGGAGCAGUUCUGCUCUUUCUCAUCCGUACCACUAUAUAAAUGUGAGAAUGUCGUGGCCAGAGGCUCAGAGUUACUGCAGAGAGAGAUUCACUGAUCUGGCUACUGUAGACAGCAUGGAUGAUGUGAACAGGCUGGUGAAUAUAGUGGAUGCUGGAUACAGUGGAUCAGUGUGGAUUGGACUGAAGAGGGGGACACUGAAACGCUGGGGUUGGUCUAACGGUGAAAACACAACUUAUCAGUACUAUAACUGGGCUUCAGGACAGCCAAAUGGGGAUGAAGAUUGUGUAUCUACUUAUGCCGGUGUUUGGCAUGAUAUGUUAUGUAGCAAUAAGCGAUAUUUUGUGUGCUACGAAAAUUCUGGAUACAUAUUGAUACAGAGCACAAAAAACUGGACUGAUGCUCAGAGCUACUGCAGACAGAAUUACACAGACCUGCCCACCAUCCACAACUCUGAGCAAAAAACCAGGAUAAAUAAGAUUCUUUUAUCUGAAAAUUACAUCUGGAUCGGUCUGUUUCUGGACUCUUGGGAAAGGUCUGACAAAUGGAGUCUCUUCUUCAGACACUGGGCAGCAGGUCAACCAUCCAUGAGUUCAGGAUCUGGUGACUGUGUUGGCAUGUCAACAGCUGAUUCUGGGAAAUGGUUUCAACACAGAUGUGAUCUGCAGCAUCCUUUUAUCUGCCAUGGAGGUGAGUUUAACAUCUAA